AUGUGCCCAAGUUCUGGAUUCAUGGCUAACAGCUUUCGCUGGUUGGGUAAAAGAGUUUUCAAUCAUGUUUGGCAACAAAUUUGGCAAAACUCCCCACGCACAAGUUCUGCCAUAAGGAUUCCUCACUGUAGUGGAUAUUUUUGGCGCGAGGAGGAUGAAGAAAUAAGAAGAAACCUGGAGAUUCUUUGCAAAGGAGAGGUGUCCUCCGUAGUAAAAACUCUCUUAUUACAUGGACCAUCGGGAUACGGAAAACUAUAUUCAGCCGCCAAUCUGAUGCACACACUUUACACAAGACCAAUAUCAAAUGUUUUCUUGUCAAAAACUGAUCAAGGAAAAUUUAAAACAAUUUUCCUGAAGGAAGUGCCGAUAAAGUGGACUCUAGAUGCAACAAGCAAGAGGACCUUGUUCGAGAGUUAUCGCAGUCUUGCUAAAGAAAUUGGGUUAACCGAAGAGGCUAAAGCUGCCAAUUCAGAAAUCGCACUUUACAGUAGGACACCAGAAGGGAGGCAACAUCAAAUGAACCUGCAACAUCAUUAUCAAAAGGAUGCUUAUGAUGAAGCUUUGAAACAAAUAUACGAAGACGUUAUGAAGAGGCUCAGAGAACAAAGUUCCUGGGUGCUUUUGGUCGAAGGACCCCCUGAAAAGGUAGCUGCUCUUCGAAACUAUUGGCCACAACCAGGUGAUCGCGGGUCUGGAAAUGGUCUGGUCAUAAUAACAACGCAUUAUCCAUCGAUUUUACCCUUUGAAAAUGCGGAUGAUUCUACUUUGCAGAGAGUGCACAUUGGAGAAAUGACAUACAAGGAUGCAGUUGACUUUCUUGUGAAAAAAACGGGCAUGGCAUCCUCCGGAAGUGACGCAAAGUAUGCUAAAGAUAUAGCCAUCAAAAUGCUAAAGUGCAAUCCCCAAUAUAUAGCAAUGUGA